GAGGUGGAGUCUGUCCCAGCCUGCAUCUGGCCCGCUCCCCUCUCUGUCACCCCGGGCCAAACCCGCCCAGCUCCUCUCACUCACUCUCCGCCUGUUCUCCCGCACGGCUCGGCUCGGACGCACGCAGCACUCACUCACAACACACAGCGAGGACCCGGAAUGGAGACGGAAGGGAGCCAGAGCAGCCUGUCCACCACGGACUCCCCUCACGACCCCUGCAAAAUGUUCAUAGGUGGACUCAGCUGGCAAACAACACAAGAGGGUUUGAAGGAGUACUUCUGCAAGUACGGCGAGGUGAAGGAGUGUAUGGUGAUGCGAGAUCCGGUUACUAAGCGCUCGAGAGGGUUUGGAUUCGUCACCUUUGUUGAUCAGGCCGGCGUGGAUAAAGUUUUGGCCCAAACCAGGCACGAGCUGGACUCAAAAACAAUCGACCCAAAGGUUGCAUUCCCUCGCAGAGCUCAGCCCAAGUUGGUGACUCGAACCAAGAAGAUCUUUGUGGGCGGCCUGUCAGUGAACACAACCAUCGAGGAUGUGAAACAGUACUUCGACCAGUUUGGGAAGGUCGACGAUGCCAUGCUCAUGUUCGACAAGACCACCAACAGACACAGAGGGUUUGGCUUUGUCACGUUUGAGAACGAGGACGUGGUGGAGAAAGUCUGCGAGAUCCACUUCCACGAGAUCAACAACAAAAUGGUGGAGUGUAAGAAAGCUCAGCCCAAGGAGGUGAUGUCCCCCACGGGCUCAGCCAGGGGGCGCUCUCGUGUGAUGCCCUAUGGAAUGGACGCCUUCAUGCUGGGCAUUGGUAUGCUGGGUUAUCCGGGCUUCCAGACAGCCACCUACACCAGUCGGAGCUACGCUGGCAUCACUCCUGGAUAUACAUAUCAGUUCCCUGAGUUCCACUUAGAGAGGACUCCCCUUCUGACUUCACCCCACCCCCCUGAGCUCACAGCCAUUCCUCUCACAGCAUAUGGACCAAUGGCAGCAGCAGCGGCAGCAGCAGCAGUAGUUAGAGGCUCCACCCCGUCUCGCUCAGCUGGAUUUUUAAGUACGAGCAGCCCGGGGCCGAUGGCGGACCUGUAUGGAACAGCCAGUCAGGAGUCUGCUGUCAGCAGUUACCUCAGCGCUGCAAGCCCAGCUCCAAGCACUGGAUUCAGCCAUAGUUUGGGGGGCCCUUUGAUUGCCACGGCCUUCACUAACGGAUAUCACUGAGAGUUGCAGAGCUGUAGACUGAGAGCUGGAAGGAGUUGAAGCUGCUUUGGAGCUGAUCUGGCCUGUCUCUGUCCAGUCCACCUCUCCGGCUGGUGCAGUUGAACCCUCACCCCUCCACCCUGGUGUCAGCUUGAAUCCAGCCCACCCUACUGACGCCUACCGACACUAAACUCCACCUCCUGAGGAAAAAAAAAAGAAAGUUCAUAAAUGGAGCGAAAAAGUUGAUCAC